AUGUAUGUUCUACUACUCUCCCUACUCCUCGCCCUCGCAACCAUCUCAACUUGCCAAACCCUCCCCUUCAUAAUCACCGGUGCACUCACAAGUGCCGUAGCCAAACCUGGGACAGCCAUCAACCGGGGCGGCACCAUCACAAUCGACGGCUUCACCAUAACCAUCCCGGACAACCUCCUCGUUGAACUCCCCGCCCUCUUCGUCCCCUUCGCCGAAUUCACCACCGGCGUCAAGCCCGGGCAAAACGAAGUCUCCAUCAACGGCAACAUCGUCAACAACCAGAUCAUCGCGGGCCAGAUGUUCUACUCGCAGAUCGACCUCGCGGGCUCGACGGGCGUGAUUGAGAGUUUGGAGUUUGAUGGUAGGAUUAAGAUACUGAAUGGAGGCACGUUGAGGAUUAAUGAUCCAAAUGCGGUGUAUAGUGCUGGGUUUAAUGAAGUGCCGUUUUUCACGGCGGAUGAUGAGAAUCCUAGUAUUACUAGUUUUAGUGGGUUUCCGGUUUGUGUGCCUAGGAGUGCGAGUGAUGAGAAGUGUCCGUUGUCGAAUCGACCUGCUGCUGGGACGAAUAUUGUGCCGGAUGCUUCGCAUAUGGUGCCUCUCAAGGUUGGAGAUUACAUAGAGUUUUCGGGCAUCCAGUAUCAGGGACAAACACUUCUGUAUUCUCUGGUUGCGAACCUUGAUUUGCUUACCACAGGCAAUCAACCUGGCUUUGUUCGAGUAGAAGAUGCACUUAUCGGCGUUGCGGAUCUCGAUGCCAACUUUGAAGCAGCACGACACCGAUUCAUCGGUCUAGCCAGUCGAUCAGACAUGUUGGUCCGAAUCUUUGCAGUAGAUGAGGAUCCGUGUACAGGAGAGGAAUCAGAACGUCUCGUAGCUUCCGCCACUCCAGAUGGCCUCUACACUCGUAACUACCGCAUCAGAAUCGGCGACAUAACCCUCACAACCUCAGACGGCAUCAUAGCAGGCCAAUACGUCCAGCCCGUCAGCGAAUGGAUCUUCCCCGAACUCAUCUCCCCCGGUGCCGCACCACCCACUAACGACUUCUCCAACAUCGGCCCUCUUCGAAACGGCUUCGGACCCAUCAACGGCACGAUCUUCGGCCAGCUAUCUCCCUGGCCAGGAGCUGUCACUCCAACACCAGCUGUAGCCGUUUGCGCCCCUCCAGCAACUUCCACAACCGCAACAACCACCCCAACAGGCACACCAGAACCCGUCGCCCUGACCAUCUCAGCAGGAACCGACCAAACAGUCCUCGGCGGCGUAUCCGUCCUGCUCUCCGCGUCCUUAAUAGCCGGCAACGUUCCCCCAGCGUCCCUCUCCUACAACUGGACGCAAAUCGCAGGUCCCAUCGUCGCCCUCUCCGCCUCAAACACAGCCAGCAUCCGCUUCUCCGCGCCCGUCGCCGCCGCAUCGCGCGAGUUCAAAGUGGAAAUCACACACACGCCCUCCGGCUCCAAAGCGAACGACACCAUCGCCGUGACAUCCGUAGCGAUCGGACAAGGCGCGUUCGACCACCCCGUGAUCGAUGCCUUGAGCUGGGCGAGCAGACAAAGUGGUACGGCGACUGCGAAUGCGCAUACCGAUUUGGUGGAUAGCACGGCGAGUAUGCGGGUGGUGUUUAACGGAGAUAACGUUGAGCGGCCGAUGGUGAGAGGUCAGGUUGCGAAUGGGCAGGUAACGUAUGCGUUUUCUUCGAGGGGUAUCCCGCGGUUUACGAGCGCGACGGUGAGAAGUUAUAUUAAUAAUGUCUUGGUGGGUGGGCCGGUGGUGAGUUCGUCGAAUGUGGCUGCUGGGUAA